AUGGAUUACUUCCAAAGCAUGAACGACUUGAUCAAGGCUUUGUUGGGUGGUCAUAAGGUUGAAGAAGCUCACAGUCUAUGUAUAUAUAUUAUGGAAUACGCGGAAUUAGCACUGGGUAAGAGGCACUAUUGGUAUAAUGGAUACAAAGUGGCCCUGGGCCGUAUCCUUUCGAAGAGAGGCAUGGCAUUGGAAUCUAUUAAAAACUUCUACAGUGCGUUGCUCGGAGCACAUCAUCGCGGUUUAAGAUCCGGCAUUUGUCAAAAUCUGGGUUCUGCCCUAAUGAAUGGGAGAAAUUUCGAGGAAGCAAUAUACAUGUAUAGAAAAAGUCUCUCAAUUGACGUUCAACAGCAAGGUUGGAGCAAUUUUGCGAAGUUGAAGAAAAUAUGUGGCAAGCUAGGGUAUUGUUAUGAAGUGUUGUCGCAAUUGCAAGAUACGUUGUUCUUGUAUGAGAAUUUGUUGGGCAAGCUAAAGGAUGCCCUUGGAGAUGAAAAUCCGUUCAUCAAGGAAGUCAAGUAUUGGGUUUCUGAGGUACAGGAGCGGAUGGUAGAGAGUAGCGCAAGUAGUGAGGAUGAUGGAAGUAACAACACGUAUUCUUCGCGUGAGGUCCAAAUGGGAGGAGUCGACGAUGACUUGGGGUAUGGAUAG